GGCGCGGAGCGCGGCGAGGCCAGGGAUGCUUUAGGGAUACGGGGCGCAUCCUCGUCCCUGCAACACCAGCGACCACUUUAAGGGAGUUCGCUCUCCUCCAAGGGCCGAGGCGGAAAGUGUCGCGAGAACUGUAGCCCGCGCCGACUUCUCGCGAUGUUUGGCCCCGCGAAGGGUGGCCAUUUUGGAGUCCACCCGGCGGCCGGUUGCCCCGGCGGCGUCUCGCCUCCUGCGGCCGCCACCAAGGCUGGCCCCGCGGGUGUCUGGCCUGUGGGCGGCCAGUCCGACACGAUGUGGCGGCUGCGCUGCAAGGCCAAGGAUGGCACCCAUGUUUUGCAGGGGCUGUCCAGCCGAACCCGGGUGCGAGAACUCCAGGGCCAAAUUGCCGCCAUCACCGGGAUCGCCCCCGGCGGUCAGCGAAUCCUCGUCGGCUUUCCGCCCGAGUGCCUGGAUCUCAGCGACGGGGACACCGUUCUGGGGGACUUGCCCAUCCAAUCAGGCGAUAUGCUGAUCGUUGAAGAAGACCAAACCAGGCCCAAAGCUUCACCUGCAUUCUCAAAACACGGUGCUCCUAGCUAUGUCAGGGAAACCUUGCCUGUGCUUUCCAGGACUGUGGUCCCAGCAGACAACUCCUGCCUCUUCACCAGCGUGUACUAUGUGGUUGAAGGAGGCGUCCUGGAUCCAGCUUGCGCCCCUGAGAUGAGACGCCUCAUAGCACAGAUCGUAGCGAGCGAUCCAGACUUCUACAGUGAGGCCAUACUGGGAAAAACAAAUCAAGAGUACUGUGACUGGAUCAAAAGGGAUGAUACUUGGGGAGGAGCGAUUGAAAUCUCCAUCUUGUCUAAAUUUUACCAGUGUGAAAUCUGUGUAGUGGAUACACAGACGGUAAGAAUCGAUCGCUUCGGGGAAGACGCGGGGUAUACCAAAAGGGUCCUGCUGAUUUACGAUGGCAUCCACUACGACCCGCUGCAGCGAGACUUCCCGGAUCCAGACACGCCGCCUCUGACCAUCUUCUCCUCGAACGAUGACAUUGUCCUUGUACAAGCACUGGAACUAGCAGAUGAAGCUAGAAGAAAGAGACAGUUUACCGACGUCAACCGCUUCACCCUGCGAUGCAUGGUGUGUCAGAAGGGGCUGACUGGACAGGCAGAGGCAAGAGAGCAUGCCAAGGAGACAGGCCACACCAACUUUGGAGAAGUGUGAUCUAUGCAUGAUGAGGGUGGAAGCCUACUACCUCACAGAUCCAGAAGGCUCUGGGUUUUCCAAUAAGCUAUUCCUGACCCUAAAGAACAAAGGACACAAUGCUUGAACCACACCUUGAACUUGAAACCACUAAGACACUGAAAUUCCUUGUUAAGAUUAAAAUUAGUGUGCAAGUUUACAGAUGUGUGUCUACAGUGGUGAUGCCUGCCCUCUUUCCACGGGGGUGACAGAACAGGUGGCCCCCCACCUGCUGGAGAUUGAGUUUCAGUAUUAUAAACUAGCACGCAGCAGCUUUCACCUGUAGAAGAAGAGAACGCCACAUUUCGAGUAAUGUUGACAGCCUCUCAUGAGGCCCCGGACGUGUACCAGUGUCUCCAGUAAUUGAGUCCUUUUAACAACUGAGUGAGUUAAUAGUUUCUAAAUUAUGAAUUGAUUUAUCAAACGAAGAUACUCAGAAUUGUCAAAACUGAUUUUAUAUUGCCAUUUGGUAGACUUUAUCAGUGUGUACUUAACCACUUCUGAGUACGUAACAAGCAAUCUUUACAGGGAUGAGUGCGUUCCUAGAGAAUGUCGCUGACAGCAGGAGCGCCUGUGUCCUGCUGCGGAUUUCUGGUGUGUGAAGUAGAAUGUAUGAGGAAAAGGUGCCUGAAGCAGCUCCCUGCGGCUUCCAAGGACGUCAGCCUCGUGUGUCAAUGCACUUCCUGUGCUGGUCUUUGUCACGUUGGGUACAAUUUUAAAAUUAAGCAGGGUAAUUUUUUUUUAAUCAAAGUUCCUUGAAAUUCCAGUAUUUGAUUUUUGCUUUCUUUACAUGAAAAUUUGGAGGGAUGUAAUUUUCUCAGCUUUUUGUUACGAGCACUUCCUCCAAAAAACAUCUUCAUCCAAAGUGAGAAUGCUAUGCUUCGGCUUGUGUUUUACAAGACUUUGCAUACCUGAACAGUGUUUGGUGUUGUGCCAGCCCUGUCCCUCCACUAACACUCUUGAAUAAUUCCAUAUUUCUGCAAAUUAGCACUUUGCUUAAUCUGUGAUCUCGUACUUUGAAACAUUUUCAAAGUAAUUGAGAUAAUGCUGUUAAAUGAAUUUGUUUCUCUUCCAAAACAUGAAAGUUUUAAAACCCUUGCCUUAUUCAGCUUUCUCUGACUUCUGCUUCUUCCUAGUUACGUAGAUGUGCAGCCAUUUGCUUGGCGGCCCGGUCCGCGAGGCAUGCCCUCUGACACGUGGCUGCACUACGAGAUCUUCCACAUAAGAUUUUCUACCUCUUUUCUUAAUUCCUAUGAAGAUCAGGGAUGCUAAGUUAGAGUUUGUUAUGUAUUAUCUCACACCAUGUGAAGAAGCUUAAUGUUGUGAAGUUAGUUUUGAUGAAGUAUCUCUUAGGAAACCUAUGGUAUACUCUAAAGCACUUAAUAUCUCUUCAGCAUAUAGUCUCAGCAGAUGUUUUUAGAAUUGAGUUUUACUUUUAGCAUUUACACUCGGUGAAAGUGACCGUGUAGAAUUAAGGACCAUGUGAACAAUUUAGGGGAAAAUACUUGAAGGAACAAUUCACAACGAAGAUUCAAAUCAUGAAAUGAGGUUGCUGGAGUACCUCUUGAGUGCAUAUCUGUUUUAGGUAUUAUAAGUUAUUAUGGUCAAUAUAACUAAAAAGUGUUUCAUUUUCUAUUUUCUGAGCCUUAAAAAUAGCGCUUGUGAGCUUACAAUAAUGUUUGGCAAUCAUGUUACAUGUGAAUGAAUAUGGUUGAAGAUCUGUCCCUAUCAUCUGGUCUAGAUGAUUUUUGUAUGAUUUUUAUUUUCCUCAAAAAAAGAUGAAAUUUAAAAAUGUAAUUUAUGAAUAUGCCACCAGGUGACAUUUAUCUGAUUGAGCUUUCUGCAUCGUUAUUCAUUAAGCUGUCUUCCCUUUCUUUGCCGUUUCAGGAGCUACAUUUGAUAUUUGCUUACUGAAAUUUUAGACCUAGAAGUUUGUUCAUGCAACAAAUAUUUAUUGAGUAUUUUAUCAUGUUGCAGGCAUGGUUUGAUAUGUUUCCCAACAUAAAUUUCUCACUUUAAAAUAAAUAUUACCUACAAUGGAUUGAUUCAACAAGUACAAAGGAAAGAAAUGGAGCAAGGAUAUUCGACAGCAGUGACAGCCCCUACCCCCAACCCCCGCCCAGGGUCUUAAGAGUUUUGAUCACAUAUUGUUAAGUAUUCUUUUGGGGAAUCUUUCUUUGUCUGGGUCAACUAGGUUGUCCAGUCACCAGGUGAACCCUGAUAGGUCACUUUAAAAAAAUGACUUUUUAAAUUAUUUACUGAAAUUGGUCGUUGGUACUGUAAUAAUGUUCUAAUCAUGGAAAAUUCAAGAUGAAGCGUGGUGUGCAGCCUGUGUGAUUGAUUAUUGAGAACUUUAAAACUUCUGCUCACGCUGCACUGAAGCUGUGGUCCUGGCAGGAUUUAGAGUCUUUUUACUAUGCUUAUUAAACUCUCAGAGUUAGAGAUUAAAGUGGAUACAUUCCCACCUCGAGGAUUUUUGGAAGUCUAUGGAUUUAAUACCUGAAGUGGGGUUAAAGAACCUUUGUUUAAAGUUUGUGUUGGAGCAGCAUGAAACCCUUCCUAUUCCUUCAGUUUUUGGGUGCCAUACCAAAAGAAAAAAAAAAUUUCCUUAAUUAAAAUGGACCAUUUUCAGUAGUGGAAGAAACAGAUAGAAACUGUUCCCCGCACCACAACCUGUCUUCCAUUCUCUUAUCUUUGAAUUCAGACUUAGAUUUAUUGUCAUGAAAGUGCAUUCCUAGACAGAUUGCAGGUCAAAUUCGUGUCCCUGUGGGGGCCUCGUGAUGUGAUAGCCAUGUGAAGACAGCAGUAUGUUGUGCGUCUCGUGCUAAUGGUUCAUCGUUGAUUUCUUGUUCACCGUGAGAGAGAAGUGGGUGUAGUCAGAUGGCGGUACCCUGGAAGCUUGGCUGCUGGUCAGCUGGUCUGUUGUUAAGAAUUAAUGUAGUCAUGCCACUUGAUUUCCAUGAAGUUCAAGACCCAGCAGAAUCAUAAACAGGAAUUAACAUUGCAUUAUCUGUGAGUUUAUGCCCCUAAGUGCCCAUGCCAAACUUGCUUAUCUAGCUUAUUCCUUCGGGGUGUUGCAAGUUGCUCUAGCUAAACAUAGUUUUGUGUGUCUUGAAAAAAUUAGAAUGGAGGAGUAUGUAAUACUAAGCAACAGAGUGGCUUUUGUUUUUUUAUUUUUUGUUUUUGAUAAAUCAGGUGGCCUUCCUAAAUUCACGUAUUUUAACAUUUACAUUCUUUCAUCUGUUGACACACAUUGAUUAUUUGCAGCACUUUAAAAACUAUGAAAUAAAAGUUUACAUGCUAGCCCUCUCUAGGGAUCUUGUUGAUGACAUGAUACAAUCUUGAGCUGUUGGCCAUGAGCUCUUACUAAUCCACCUUCGUCAUCUGUGGAGGUAUACCGAGUGGAACAUUCAACAUUCUAAUGUUUUGAUAACCACAGAACUCAUUUUCAGUAACUCUUAGCAUGAUCUGUGUCCUAACACUAAAAUGUUAAUGACUACAGUGUGAUUGUCCAUUAUCAUUCAUUGUGUGGUGCAGUAUUCAAAUUUGUCCUCUGCACAAAGAUGACAACUUCUAAAAGAUUAGAUUUUUAAGCUUCUUAGUUUGUUUCUAAGCAAAUUUACUUUAAGGAACCUAAUUUUUGAUUCAGGCCUUGAAAGUCAUAUUCAAGUAACAUCAUUGUGAAGUCUAAAGUAAAAUACUUGAUUUGAUUUGAAUAAGCUAAAUUUAUUAAAGAUGUUUUCUUAUUAAGCAUUAUAUUUCACAUUUAAUCAAUGUAAAAAGAAUGUGAAACUUCCCUGAUUGUGGGAAAGUGUUCUGUUUUUCUUCUCCAAAAAGUAGCUAGCAUUUUAUUGACAGUGCUUUGAAUAUGUGACUGAGAAAAAUUGUUACGUUGAUACUGAAUUGUGAGAUCAUGAUUUCAGUCCUGAUUCAUAUGCAUUUAAAGGAUGCUGAGAACCCUCCCCUGGUAUUUCAGAGUGAAGGGUGAAAGCAGAAGAAUAGAAUGCCAUUUAAAAAAGGAGACAUUGUCCAGAGAUUGUUCCUAGUCAUGAAUUAGGCUUUCAAGCAAUGCCUUUCUGUCACCUUAACCCUUUCACCUCCAUUUUUGGGCACAGAAUGUAGCAGGGCCAUAGGUGUAAAAGUUUGCCAUUAAAGUAUAAAACCAUAAAUAUAAGCAUUUUGCCAUGAUACCCUUGAUACUUAGAUUUUCAAAAGUACCUACAUGUAGGAGUUUAGGUAUAGUGAAGAUAUGCCUUGAUCAAAUUGUAGGUAAGCAGAAGUGUUUAGAAUUUCUACUAAGAUUAGAUGAGUUUGACUUUUUAACAGAAAUAGGAUAGGUAGUUUAAUUAUAGCCCAUAAGUUACUUAAAGGACCAGGGGACCUAAUUCUUGUCAUUUUCCAGUUUUAAUUGGUGCCAUUCAAGACUCCAGCUGUUUACAGGAAAUAAUAUACUUAGCAAAGUAGGUUUUUUCCUUUAAAAUUUUUGAAUUCAGCUUAAAAUACAGAGUCUGCAGAGCUUGUCCAGUGAGAUAGAGAAUCACAACUGUCCCGUAGCUGCUGUAUUGACAUGGUCAAGGCAGGGGCUCCCGGAGCCGGAGGAAAACCACACAAAGAGACCAUCAACUAGAUCGAGAGCUGUAGAACGACUCAGAAAAGCGGUAGGGAGGGAAAAAUUAACAAGGUUGUUUCUCUUGGCCUAAAAAAUAUAUUUUUAUUAACAGAAAAUUGACAGUGUUUUCUUAUUUAAAAAAAAAGUGUUCUUUUGUCUAUUUGCCAGCAUUUUUUCAAAGUUAAUGCACUGCUGCUACCUGGAAGAUGUCUAAUUUCAUUUUGUGCAACUAUUAUGUAAUUUUGCUAUUGUCAUGAAGAUGCAUUGAUUUUAUUUAUAAGGUGUAUGAUUUUAAAUACCUAAACGCUGUAUGAAAUGACUUGUUUUAAAGGAAUAAAUCAAAUGAAUACA